UUUAUGGAAUUCACAAAGUUUGAAUAAGAAAAGUAUUUUGGAAAGUGAAAUAUAUAGUGAGUGAUAUGGAAGAAGCAGCAUGAGGUAGGAGCAUCGAAAUUGGCGGCUACGCACGAAUGGCCCUCCCAAAUUUACACUUUUCAAAUCUUCACCCUACAAACCCUCAAUUUCUCAUGUCAUCUCAGCCCUAAUUCAUUCAUUCCAUUUCAUUUCAUUUCGAUCCAAGAAGCGCCAAAUCAUUUUGUAUGGCGUCGUUCCGCAGCAGGAGUCUUCCGUUUGCCUCUUCGCGUCUGAUGCAGAGCACGAAUCCUGUGCAUUCUGGAGCUGUGGAAGGUCGGGUGGGUGGGAACAUACUACGCAGAUUUAGAUCCAUUAUCACUACAGAGGAGCGGGUGCAGAAAUUGGAGAAGGAAGGGACCCAUAUCUUGCAAGAGGAAAUUGCCAAUAUUCGGCAGGCAUUUACUGCUGCGAAAGACAAGUUCCUCAAAAUACCAGAUGCGCUGAAAGAAAUGCCCAAAUUAGAUCCUAAAGGCAUAUAUGUCAAUAAGAACUUGAGAUUGGACAACAUACAAGUGUACGGGUUUGACUAUGACUACACAUUGGCACACUAUUCUGCCAAUUUACAGUGCUUAAUAUAUGAUAUGGCGAAAGAAUAUUUGGUUAAUGAGCUUAGAUAUCCUUGUAGUUGCUUGAAGUUCAAAUAUGAUAAUUCAUUUCCAAUAAGAGGGCUGUAUUAUGACAAGUUAAAAGGAUGCCUGAUGAAGCUGGAUUUCUUUGGAUCAAUUGAGCCUGGUGGAUGCUAUUUUGGCAGACGCAAGCUUACCCGAUCAGAAAUUGACAACUUAUAUGGCACAAGGCAUAUUGGUCGUGAUCAAGCACGGGGGCUUGUGGGUUUAAUGGACUUCUUUUGCUUUAGUGAGGCAUGCCUUAUUGCUGAUAUUGUUCAACAUUUUGUUGAUGCUAAGCUGGAAUUUGAUCCUUCCUAUGUUUACCAAGAUGUCAACCAAGCAAUUCAGCAUGUACAUAGAAGUGGCUUAGUACAUCGAGGAAUCCUUUCUGAUCCACAAAAGUACCUUGUAAAGAAUGGACAGCUACUUCGUUUCCUGAGAAUGCUAAGAGAGAAGGGAAAGAAGCUUUUCUUACUGACAAACUCUCCUUUUUAUUUUGUGGAUGGAGGAAUGCGCUUCAUGCUGCAGGUAACUGUCAUGUCAGAAAGGCAAUGUGGAUUUAUCUGCUCCUUGUACAGUUGCGACUUGCGACAGGACUCAUUGGGAGACCAAGACUCCUGGAGGGAACUUUUUGAUGUCGUGAUUGCUAAAGCCAACAAACCGCAGUUCUAUACAUCAGAGCAUCCUUUUCGCUGUUAUGAUGUGGAAAAGGACACAUUGGCUUUUACUAAGGUGGAUACUUUUCUUCCGAACAAGAUAUACUACCAGGGAUGCUUGAAGGCUUUCUUGAAAAUAACUAAGUGGAAUGGUCCUGAGGUGAUGUACUUUGGGGACCACUUAUUUAGUGACCUUAGAGGGCCUUCAAAAUCAGGGUGGCGUACAGCUGCCAUAGUUCACGAAUUGGAGAAUGAGAUACGGAUCCAGAAUGAAGAUUGUUAUCGUUUUGAGCAGGCGAAGUUACAUAUAAUACAAGAGCUUCUAGGGAAACUGCAUUCUGCUGUUGGUAAGGGCGACGAAUGCGAAGAAUACACAUCUCUUCUUCAGGACCUCAACAACGAGAGACAGAAGGCACGUCAGACUAUGAAAGACAUGUUUAAUAGGUCCUUCGGAGCUACAUUCUUGACGGACACAGGUCAAGAAUCUGCAUUUUCUUACCACAUCCAUCAAUAUGCUGAUGUUUACACCAGCAAGCCUGAAAACUUCUUGUUUUAUCGUCCCGAAGCAUGGCUGCAUGUGCCUUAUGAUAUAAAGAUCAUGCCGCACCAUGUGAAGGUAUCUUCGAGCUUAUUCAGUAGGUGAUCGAUACACACUCUGAACCCUCGAAUGGAAAAGAGAAGCAAUGACCUACCAGUGCUGUAUCAGUUUGAGUCUGAAAUUUAUUCCCAUACCCACAGUUGGCUUACACAGUCAUUAAUCAAAGCAAUAUUUGAGAAGAUUGUCUUCCACCUUUGACGGCCAAGAUUGGCUUCUAUCCAUUCGUUCAUUUUUUGACAACGUAGCUUGCGACUUAGUUAAUGUAUAAUCUCGUUUAGUUUAGAGAAUUUAUGAUGAUUUUUUUUCUGCAUCGUCGUAUUUAGUGUCGCAAUAAUGUUCGAAUUAGUCAUGUUAUAGUAGUAUGACGUAUGGCUUAUUUAUAGCUUCCAGGACAUGUAAUGUCAGAUUCGUUGAAGUUUUGGAAUAAAUGUCCAUUUUUGUUGAUUAAAA